UCCGAUGGGGCGGGGUGGCAGCCAGCACUGGGUUAAACACAAAGCUGAGUCUGGGGAGGGCGAGUGAAGGAAGAGGGGUUUUGCGGGGCUGGCGGAGAGCCGGGGCAGAGCGAGGCGCGGGGCCCAGCCCCACGGUCCCUCCUCUCCUCUCUCUCCUCUCUUCUCUGCCGGCCCCACUGGUUACAGCCGCCGCCAGGCUUAGUCAGAGGAAUGUGGGUGGGACUCCCUCCUCCCCCAGCGCCUUAAAAACCCGCUCAUACCGACACGCACCCAGUCUCCCGUCCUGGCAGAGCGUCCCUGAAACACCCCACCCGCGACUCUCGGGCUCGCUGGGUGCCCCCGCUGGCCGGGCAGGAUGGUGGUGUGCGGCCUCGCCUGCUGGAGGUGCAGGUGGCUCCUGCCCCUGCUGCUGGGCUUGGCCAUCAUCAUGGGCAUCAUCGCCCUGGCGGGCAGGGGCUGGCUGGAGUCUGAGUCGGAGCCCUACGUGCAGCAAGCGUCGCUGUGGGAGAGCUGCAAGCGGGGCGAGGAGGACCUCAACUGGAACUGCGAAUCCCUCAUGGACUAUGGAUGGGGAAGAGCAGCAGCUGCCACGUACCUUGUUGGCUUUGUGAUCCUGGUCAUCUGUUUCGCCCUCGCAGUCAUCGCGUUCUCGAUCGAGAUACUCCGCUUCAACUUUGUGCGAGGAAUUGGAGGCUUGCUCUUUGUUGUUGCUGCAUUCCAGAUCAUAGGCUUGGUCAUCUACCCAGUGAAAUUCACAGAAGACAUUCCACUGACAGGAGAUAAUAUGUUCAGCUGGGCCUAUGGCUUUGGCUGGGCCAGCACUGUUGUUGUAAUAGGUUGUGCUUUCUUCUUCUGCUGCCUCCCCAACUGGGAAGAUGAAGUCCUGGGAAACAUCAAGCCUACCUAUUACUACUCCUCCCCAGAGAGAGCACCAUACUUAAACUGAAAGAUUAAAUCCAAGUAUAAUCAACUGUCAAAACAACAGAGAAGCACCUCUGGUGUAAAUUUGGUACAAUUAUAGGAGCCUGAAAAAACCCCACCUUGUUUCUCCAGAGUAUUUCUUACUAGCUCUGGCAUUAAAUUGGUAAAAACAUUGGCAUCUUUAAGCAAAUAGCUUUUACCUGAAAUAUGAUUUACAUAUUCUCAUGUCGGUUCUGUCUGGGUGGUUUACAUGCUCCUUCCCCUCCCAAUUUAUUGAGUCAUCCUUAUUUUAUUCAAACAUUUGCUUAUGAAUAAAGAUGUAGUGUUUCGAGUGUAGAAAGGAAAAGGAGAGAUUUUAAAUAACCCAUUAGAGGGAUCCGCAAGUUAUUGUAUUUUCACUUCUGACAAAACUGCCUUAAAUAGAACUAGGGAGAAAAACCCAACCUUCCAAAGAAUGCUUUUUUUUCCACCAAAGUCAGUCCCAAGGAAGGAACUUCCCUGAGACUGCUGCAGUCACCUGCUGCCUAAGAAUCUCUUUUCAGUCCUGUUACUGGACUAUUGUUGACUACUGGCUAUUUGAAUUAAGGGGAAAAUAAAAUUAAAAUUUAUUUUCUGCCAGUUGGUGCUGUUGGACAGAGAUCUCCUCUAAAGCAUGGAGCUGGUGUGUAUAACUGUGGCUAAUGUAACACUUAUUGGGUACCUUUUUUGCCCACUGCAGGACUUGUGAUGGAGCCACAUAGAAUUUAAUAUACAUUGUCACAGAGAGAAUCAAUAAGACUUCAAAUGUAAAACUACAUACAUUUUUACACGGUAUUUGAGGGAUGCUGAUUUAGGAAAUACCUCUGAGUAGAAACACACAGUGUUCUUUAUGUCUACCUUUUUAAAACCACAAUGUUUUAAUUAUCAGCCAUGCUUUGGAGGGAAAUCUUAGCGUAAGGUAUUGAAAACCUCCAAAAAUUUCUAAAGCAUACUGUAAGUACUCCAAAGUUUAGUAGACUUAGGGAUGCUUUGUGAGUCACUACGGAUGACAGGUAAAAAUAGCAAGCAGUUCUGUGAGUAAUUUACGGGUGUCUGUAUGAAGCUUACAUACAUCUUGGUGGGUAAUCUGGCUGGCUCCUAGCUUGUGUUUCUUGAGCCAGCAAUUCCAAAUAAGUAUUCCAGCAAGGCAGAGCCAUGUCUGUGUUGGUCAUGGACCUGCAGCAUCUUACAAGUAGAUUUAAUUAUGGUCUAUAAACUUUGUCAGAGCUUUCUUCAGAUGGGGAAGAAGGAAGAUGCUCAUUUGUGGAACUCCUCUUCCAGCUAUGGGGGAGGUAGCUCUAGCAGAGGCAGAUUUCUGAGCAGGGUACAGGCAGGGUGGAAAGCAAAUGCUGCAUAGCAAGCAGCUUAAUUCUUACUAUCAUGAACACACUUGGGAGAGGGUAAGUGUGUGGAUAUAUCCACAUGUUUAUAAGUUCAUGCACAUGUACAAAAUAGAACUUACAAAGCAUUAACCAGCACACUGCAAAGCUAAAGCCAUUUAGAACUAAGCUUUUUCAAUGCCCAAUAUAUCUUGUAUUAUAUGUUGUAUAGCUUUCUGUUUUGUAACACCUUUUUUAAUUUGGAAAUUGUGUGUUUUGCAUGUGAUCCUGUUUUGGAAAGGCCAGGUGACUUCUGAAGGUCGCUUCCAGGCCUGUAUUUUAUAACUUUAAGAACAUAAACAUCCGCAGACUUCAGAACUGUGUUACAAGCUCAGUCGUGCCAUAUACAAUCAACUGUAUUUAUGAUUCUUGCUGAAGAAGGGAAUCCUGUGACAAAUCAGUCUCUUUUUUUUUUUUUCUGUACAGUAUUGGCUGGUGGGGAAUACUGUGUAGUCUUAUCUGUAUCAUGAGUAACAAUAGUACCUACUUUCUAGUGAAUUCGUAACACAACAGAGAAACCCAAGUCUGGAAAAUCCUUGCACAGCUAAAGCUGGGAAGGAGAAAAUAUGUAAGAAAAUUGACAACCUUCCUAAAGAGAGGGGGGCCUGGUAAUAGGGUUUAGCAUAACUGAAGUCUUUUGUAUGGUGUUUUUUUUUUUAAUAAGCAUUGUCAUACCUUGUCAAAAAAGCACAAAUGUAAAAUAAACUUGGCUCUGAAUAUACUGGGAGGGGUAGAAACAUAACCAGCAUGUUACACAAUUAAGAUGUUUGGGAGAAAGCUAUUGCAAAUAGACAUUAAUUACUUUCAAGAGAUACUAAUGUAUGUGGCAGUCCUUUCAAAUGUGGUGGCUUAAUUAAAACUAUUUUAACUGAU